AUGUUACCGGACCAUACAAUGAUUAUCCUGCUGUAUUAUUAUCCAACACUGAUUUCGACAAUGAAAUAUUACAAAGCAUGUCAUUCUGAUCAAGGAUCAGCUGCUCAACUAGACUCGUCCGUUCCUUAUCAUUUAUAACGCUAUCAAUUAAACGCUUCAAUGCUACAGUUUGCUUGGUAUCAUCCAACAGCGGUAUUAACGACAAUCUAUCCCGCCCGGAAUUUGAGCUUUUGUGCAUCGUGGGAGAGUCAAGCAACAACAUUUGCCAAUACAACUAUAGUUGGUCCACAGCCAGUUGAUGUGUCUCUUGAUGGCCAAAAUCGUAUUCAUGUAGUUACUUGGGAGAACGGUAUUAACGGCAAUUCAGUGUUGUUGGAUCAACUAUUUACAGUAAUGAGCACUACUGUUGGAAAUUUCGAUCGAUCAAAAAGUAGUUUUGUCGCUACUAACUAUAUUUAUGUUGAUAACGGCUAUUCACAGCGUCGAAUCGAAAGAUGGGAUUUGAACGCAACGGAACUUCGACGUGUAUUCAUUAUUAAUAGUUCAUCAGAACUUAUACUGUUCUCUGACAAACGAAAACCGUAUUUUCAAAAUGUUGGCACUGGUUGUCCAGGACCAACAUUAAAUAUGCUUGAUCAUCCUCAUGGAAUCUUUGUAGAUGAUCAUUUCAAUCUAUUUGUUGCGGACACAAACAACAAUCGAAUACAGCGUUUUGCAAUCGAUCAACAGGUCGCAGUGACAAUUGCAGGUUUCGGCGCAGACGUAGAUUUUAUACUUAACAGACCUACGAGUGUUACCUUGGAUGCCGAUAGAAAUGUAUUUAAUGUCGAAAACCGUUUGCAUCGAAUAAUUCGCUCGACACCAAAUGGAUUCAAAGCUAUUGCUGCUUGUUCAGGCGAACUGGGACCAACGGCCAGUCAGCUGAACAGUCCACACAUGAUGGCUUUUGAAACAUAUGGGAAUAUCUCCGUAGCGGCUAUGAAUAACAGUAGAAUUCAAAGAUUUAGUCUAAGUAGAAAUUGA